AUGGAGGGCGGCAAGGAGGCGGAGGGGUUUGAAGGGUCAUGGCAGAGUCCUAAGAAAGGUCAGUCACUUACGACCUCGACCGCGCCAAAUACCACCCCCGAGGAGGCCUCGGCGUUGUUUACUGAAGAACCAGUAACUGCGUCCCAGGAGAGCCGCGGAGUCGUCCAGAAGGCCUCAGAGGUCUGCACGGAUUCCAGCUUCGCCUCGCCUGCCCGGGUGUGCGGUGAUUUCACGCCGCCGUGCCGCAUGCAGCCCGCCUUGCACUGCUGCUGCGAGCCGAGCACCCAGAAGCAGGACUCCUGGGAGGCGCUGCAAGUCCCCGAGCCCGGCGCUCCAGGGUUGCCCUGGACCCCAGUUUGCCAGAUCCCCCCGGAGCUGCCGCCGCGGGGCCAGUGCCUCAUCCAUAACUGGGUGGAGGAGAGAGCUACCAAUGAGCUGGACCGGGUCCUAAAUCGUGAGGAAAGCGAGGGUUACCGCUUCCGCCACGGACACGUGGGACUGCUGACCCUGGAGUUGUCCUCCCCCCAUGCCUCCAGGACCACCCAAAAGGAUUCCUACCAGCACCCAGGGGAUCCUCGGAAAGCCCUCCGAGGGAAGAAAGAAGCCAUGCUGGAACUACUUCUGCACCACGAGAUUCGGAAGGAGGUAAAGCAGGCGCAGGGCCCACCACAUUAUUGCAAUUAUGAAUCUGUAACGCAUCGUGAUUAUCAGAGGAAGCUGGAGCAACCGUGCCUACCACCUCCCACCAAGCCUCAUAGCCUGAUGGAGCAGCCGGAGACCUUCUGGCUACAAAAUGCUAAACAGCUCCCGGGUGUCAGCAAUAUCCGGACAUAUGACACCCCAUUUCGAAAAAACUGUAGUUUUUCAACACCUGUUUCUCUGUCUCUGGAACAGCCCUUACCCUACAGCUCUGCAAACUACCCUCCACUUUGAGGGGAAAAUGGUAGGAGAGAAGCAGCUUGGUUAAUGGGAUUGGGGAAAAUAAAUCA